UAUGUAGUACUGAAAGAAUCCAUAUUGGUCCGCUUCUCUUCAUGGUUCUCUAGUCUUUUUGGUUAGAUUCUUUUUUGAUUUGGCUUUCAACAUGGCUGAGGUAGACGAAACUCUCAAGAAAAAGAGGACUUUCAGGAAGUUCACCUACAGAGGUGUCGACUUGGAUCAACUUCUUGAUAUGCCUAAUGAGCAACUUAUGGAGUUAAUGCAUGCCAGAGCUAGGAGGCGUUUCUCUCAUGGUCUAAAGCGCAAGCCAAUGGCUCUUGUCAAGAAGCUACGCAAAGCCAAGAAAGAAGCUCCACCAAAUGAGAAGCCUGAAAUUGUCAAGACCCACUUAAGAAACAUGAUCAUUGUUCCAGAAAUGGUUGGAUCCAUUGUAGGAGUAUACAAUGGAAAGACUUUUAAUCAGGUUGAAAUCAAGCCAGAAAUGAUUGGUCAUUACUUAGGAGAAUUCUCUGUCACAUACAAACCUGUGAAACACGGUAGACCAGGUAUUGGUGCUACCCACUCUUCUCGUUUUAUACCACUCAAGUAAAUUGUUAUAAUAAACUUAAUAUAAAACACAAAUAUGGACUUGUUUUAAUUAUCUGAAUAGAUUU